GCGGCGCGUUCCGGCCCAGGCUUCUCAGGAGCGGCCUGGAAGGUGCGGCUCCCGGCCGAGACACGUCGUGCUUUCCGGGUUAGGGAAGUGGCGGAGCCAGAGGCCCCUCUGCAGCGCGGGACCGAGCCCGCCACGCAGGCGCCCGCGCCUCCGCCGCCAUUGUUGCCCCGGGCCUCUCGGGCCGCUCCGGCUGCGCGUCCGCCGGGUCCCCGCGACAGGGUCUCUUAACCAUCCCUGCAAGUUCUGGGCUCCGAAUUUGUAACUAAGGCCACUGACUCUACCUUGACCUUGUUCUGCCCCUGGCUGCAGUAGCCCUUGAUAGAAUGACUCUGUGGCUCUAGCAUGAGACUUCAAGCAGUUGGCUCACUACUGGAGAAAUAAAGGAGACUGCCAGACUGACUCUCCCGUCUGUAGCCAUGUUCUCCCCAUGCAAGAGGACGACCAGUUCUUCACGCUCCCAAAUCCUUCUAAUGUGGAAGCCGGACAAGGCUCAGAGUGGACCCCACAAUGGGGAGAAGGGAACCCACGCUUUGAGACUCUUGCGUGACACGGAGACGUGUCGGCAGAAUUUUAGGAAUUUCCCAUAUCCAGACCUAGCCGGUCCUCGAAAGGCAUUGAAUCAACUCCGAGAGCUCUGCCUGAAAUGGCUGAGACCUGAGAUUCGCUCAAAGGAACAAAUCUUGGAGCUGCUGGUGCUAGAGCAAUUCCUGACCAUCCUGCCUGGGGAGGUUAGGACGUGGGUGAAGUCCCAGUACCCAGAGAGCAGUGAGGAAGUGGUGACUCUGGUGGAGGAUUUGACACAGAUUCUAGAAGAGGAAGCUGCUCCUCAGAAUUCUGCCCUUCCCCAAGAGACCCCAGAGGAAGAACCCAAAGGAAGGCCUCCUUUCCAGUCAGGAUGGUUAAAUGACUUGGUGACCAAAGAGUCCAUGACAUUCAAAGACGUGGCUGUGGAUGUCACGCAGGAGGACUGGGAGAUCAUGCGUCCCGUGCAGAAGGAACUGUACAAGACUGUGACGCUGCAGAACUACUGGAACAUGGUUUCUCUGGGACUGACCGUGUACCGACCAACGGUGAUUCCCCUGCUGGAGGAGCCGUGGAUGGUGAUAAAGGAAAUCUUAGAAGGCCCUAGUCCAGAAUGGAAAACAGAAGCCCAAGAGUGUACUCCAGUCACCAAUACUCCUAAACUCACAAAGACUGGUACUCAGACCAUCAAGUUGGAGGAACCAGAUGAUGAUGACAGACUAGAGAGACAAGCAGCAGAUCCCUUCAGGAAAAUUCCCAUUAGCAAGAGAGAUUUCCCUUUGAAGCCCAUCCUCUCACAAGAAGAUGACCCUAUGGAAGAGUAUCUUAGUAAAUAUGAUAUAUAUAGAAAUAACUUUGAAAAGCAUUCAAACCUAAUUAUUCAGUUUGGUACCCAAUCAGAUAAUAAAACUCUGUACGAUGAAGGCAGGGCAACCUUCAAUCACAUCUCAUACGGUAUUGUACAUAGAAAAAUAUACCCUGGAGAGAAGCCUUAUAAAUGUAAUGUGUGUGGGAAAAAGUUUAGGAAAAACCCAUCCUUCGUGAAACACCAAAGUACCCAUGCCAAAGAAAAAUCUCAUGAAUGUGAAGAAUGUGGGAAAGAGUUUAGGCAUAUCUCAUCCCUCAUUGCACAUCAGAGAAUGCAUACUGGAGAAAAACCAUAUGAAUGCCACCAGUGUGGUAAAGCCUUCAGCCAGCGUGCACACCUGACCAUACAUCAGAGGAUUCAUACUGGAGAGAAGCCCUAUAAGUGUGAUGACUGCGGGAAAGACUUCAGUCAGCGCGCACACCUGACGAUACAUCAAAGGACACAUACUGGAGAGAAACCAUAUAAAUGCUUGGAAUGUGGUAAAACCUUCAGCCACAGUUCAUCACUAAUUAAUCAUCAGCGAGUUCACACUGGUGAAAAACCUUAUAUAUGCAACGAGUGUGGGAAAACUUUCAGUCAGAGUACACACCUUCUUCAGCAUCAAAAAAUACACACCGGAAAGAAACCAUAUAAAUGCAAUGAGUGUUGGAAAGUGUUUAGUCAGAGUACUUACCUUAUUCGACAUCAGAGAAUUCAUUCUGGAGAGAAGUGUUACAAAUGUAAUGAAUGUGGAAAAGCUUUUGCUCAUUCCUCAACUCUCAUUCAACAUCAGACUACUCACACUGGAGAGAAAUCCUAUAUAUGUAAAAUAUGUGGAAAAGCCUUCAGCCAGAGUGCAAACCUUACUCAACACCAUAGAACGCAUACUGGGGAGAAACCGUAUAAGUGCAGCGUGUGUGGAAAAGCGUUCAGCCAGAGUGUACACCUCACUCAACAUCAAAGAAUUCAUAAUGGAGAAAAACCCUUCAAAUGCAAUAUAUGUGGGAAAGCAUAUAGACAGGGUGCCAAUCUCACUCAACAUCAGAGGAUUCAUACCGGAGAGAAGCCGUACAAGUGUAAUGAAUGUGGGAAAGCUUUUAUUUAUUCCUCAUCACUUAAUCAACAUCAGAGAACUCAUACUGGAGAAAGACCCUAUAAAUGUAAUGAAUGUGAUAAAGAUUUUAGCCAGAGAACAUGCCUUAUUCAGCACCAGAGAAUUCACACAGGAGAGAAGCCCUAUGCAUGCCGUAUAUGUGGUAAAACCUUCACCCAGAGUACAAACCUCAUUCAGCAUCAGCGCGUUCAUACAGGUGCCAAACAUCAUAAUUAAUGGAUAUGGUAGAUGACUUCACUUAACUUUUACAGUUCAUCCAGAUUUUAUUUUGUGCUCCGUUAAAAUGUUAUUCAAAAGAAGUGCAAUAUAUGUUAGAUAUCACUCAACAGAAGUAUCAGAAUUAGUAAUGUGGAUAUAAGCUACUUAAUGUGUCAUUUAAAAGAAAACUCUAUUCACUUCUUAACCUUUUUUCUGAUACCAGUUCAGUUCAAUCCAGAGAGAAACCCUGUAAAAGUGAGAAGUACUCAAAAAUCUGUAACUCGCCAACUCCUAGUGUAUUUCAAGUACUUCUUAAUGAGACCUUAUGAAUGUAACUUGGGAAAGCUUCCAUUAAGUAGGGAUUUCACACUAGCAAGUAAUCUUGGGAUAAUUGAAAAAGCUGCUUUCGGGCCUUUAUUACUUCCCAGCUUUGAAGCCUUAAAUGCUUAAAGGGCUCCCUUCCCUUUUCCUAUUAUGCCAUAACUGCCACGUGGAGCCAGUAGGCUUGCAAAAUAUAUAUAGUGGAAGGUAUCUUAGUUUCUACGUGACAGCUGUUUAAUUACAGUUUCCUUUAACUAUUGAAAUAUUCA